GGGCGUUUCAGCUCCUUCUCAGAACGAAAGUGACGUUGGUUUCUCUGCCGCAAGUGAAUGAGGGGCAAAGAGAGGUAUCUUCUUUGUUCCUGGAGCCUGCCCUAGAGUUAGCGCAGUGCUCUUCAGAAGAUCGAGAGGCGCUGAGCGAGGCAGUGGUCAUCUCUGGCGACCCAGUCAUGUCCUGGCAGCUCUCUGCAGCGGUGGCGCUCUUCGUGUCCCUGGCUCUGAUUUUGCAUUAUGGCAGUCAAAUAAGAGCAAAAAUGUUUCCAGAAACUGUGGACUUUCAACCUACAACAGCAGCAACAGUACGGGCCACAGCAAAACCUUUCCUGCAUCUAACUAACCAAGUACCUAGCCAAACUUUAGCAGCAAGAUCAAUGGAUGGUCAUAUCGCCUCUCAAAGAGCUGCCACAACCUCCAGCUCUGAGCCCCCAACCACACAUACAACAGUAAAAACUCUAGUAACAACUUCCUUGGUAACUGCAAACAGCACCCCAUCUAGCAGCCCAAUAAUCUACACCCUAGUCACUACCAUCGUCACACCCAAUAACUCAAACACAGCUGCUCCAGUCACUGAGGCUACAAUUGGCCCUAGUGCAGACCCAGGUUCACUGCCAACCACCAGCACUCCAUUGGCCCAUACAACAAGAACCAACCCCUCAACUCUCAGCCACAAAACUAGGAAAACCACCCAUUUUGGUAACCAGACCACCCUUCCAGCAACUUUGUCCACCUCAACACAUAAGAGCACAUCCAGUCACAAGUCUGCUCAAUCCACUCAUGCCCCGGGACCAACCACAGCAGCACACAACACCACCCAAACGGCCUCACCUGCCACCCCAGCUUCUGGGCCCACUCUUGCACCUCAGCCUUCAUCACCCAAGACUGGAAUUUAUCAAGUUCUAAAUGGAAGCAGGCUCUGCAUCAAAGCAGAGAUGGGGAUAGAGCUUAUGGUUCAAGACACAAAGUCGGUUUUUUCACCUCAGAGAUACUUCAACAUCGACCCCAAUGCAACCCAAACUUCUGGGAACUGUGGCUCCCAAAAAUCCAACCUCCUUUUGAAUUUCCAGGGUGGAUUUGUGAAUCUCACAUUUUUGAAGGAUGAAAACUCAUAUUAUAUCAAUGAAGUAGGAGCCUAUUUGGCGGUCUCAAAUCCAGAGAAAAUCUACCAAGGAAUGAAAAGCUCUGUGGUGAUGUUCGAGACUGGGGUUGGGCAUUCCUUCAAAUGUGUGAGCGAACAGAGCAUCCAGCUGUCAACCCACCUUCAACUGAAAACAAUGAAUGUCCAAUUUCAAGCCUUUGAUUUCGAAGAUGACCACUUUGGUAAUGUGGACGAGUGUUCAUCUGACUACACAGUUGUGCUACCUGUGAUUGGGGCCAUUGUACUUGGUCUCUGUGCUGUGGGUUUGAUUGUUUAUGGAAUCCACCUAAGACGCGAACCAUCUGGAUACCAGAGAAUCUAAUUGGUGCCCCGGGGAAAAGAAAAUAAUGGAGUUUAGAGAAUUCUUUCAUCGGUUCCAGGAUAUUGGGUACUUCCCUUACCAUUAGUCCUUCUAACAAUGUAAAUCACCAUCUUUCACAAAACCCAUUUCUGAUUUAAGCACCAAAUCAAUUUCUGCAUAUUUUUUGUUCAUUUUAUGAAAGAUCUAGUGAGUUGCUUCAGAGUAUUUUCCAAGUUGCUUCAAAAUAUUUUAGCCAUUCUAAGUCAACAUUUGAGAUAUGUUAAAUUAACGUAAAGUAUGCAAAGUGGUAUAUGCUUCCAAAUUAUAAACCACAAUGUUAAUUGUAAUAAAUGCUACCCGUGCACAUUGGGGAUUUUACUUUACCUUUCAUCUUUCCCAUUAUAAAACUGCCUCUGCUUUAUCUAUAAAAUGGACUUCUUCUAAUGCUUUUACUAUCCAUGUUUCAUAUGAUAUACAUAUGUCUGAUGAUCUACUUGCCUCCUUUUCCACUUUAAUUUUUUAAAAAGUCAUCAAAACGCCCACCACAUCACAAGUUUUGUAGGUUCGAUGUGACACCAACAAGAGGAACAAAUCAACUUAUACUCUUAAAAAUGAUUAAAGGAAUCAUUGAAAAUGAUUGAAAUCAUUGAAAAUGAAAAAAGGAAUGAUGAUUCCUCCCACUGAAUCACUAGAGACUAAGAAUUAGGUGGCUGUGGACAACAGAAUUCACUAAUAAGCGAAAAACAAUAGCCCUUUGUUUUUGAACACAUAUAUGCCAGACACUAGGCUGAGUUGAGGUACAUCCCAUUUAAUUCUCACAAUUUAUAGAUGAGUAAACUCAAACUUAAGGAAAAUAAUCACUGCAAUGUUACCCAGGUAACAAGUGGCAGACCCAGAAUUUAACUACCGGUUGAUCUGGUACCAAAGUCUCUAGACUGUUCAUUACACCAAAUUGGUUACAAGAACAAAAACACCGAGUGCUGCCUAAGGCCUCUCACUAGCACAUGCUCCUUUUUCCCAGCAAAAAUGAAUUUCUCCAGAAUCAUGAGACAUUAGGAGACAUAAAAGGAGGGGUUGAUUGAUAAUGAAAUGGCCGAUCUUCAAUAAAGUUCUCUACUUCCUUGAAGGAGACCUUGGGGGUCUCUGUAAAACAAGAGUUUCUCAUUUUUAUGGGAUUGUGCAGCUAUGGCUCUAAAGAUAAAGAAAUGGAGUAAACUUCUCAAGUCAUUUUUCUUAUUUCUUAAAAUAGAAAAAUCUUCUAAUCACCAAGCAACUUUUCUUUUUUGAAUGUAGACCUCCCCCUUGUGGUAACUUGUUCCUUAUGCAUAUUAGAGCCACAUUUUCUAUUACGAUUCACUUCAUUCUAUAGAGCAACCUGCCAAGAAUUAUACCCCUGAUUGUUUUUACAACUAAAGGAAGGAACUAAGUAUACUAACAGAGAAAACCACAGACUCCUAGAAUUCUUUAGGAAAGGAAUAAUUCAGGUCAUCCUAGAGUUCAUAUUGACUUUCCUGACUUGUUCUCUUAUGUGUCAAUAGGGUUGCAAGGUCCUUGGUUUAGUCUUAAAAGAAUACUGAAUUGUAUUAAAAGUUUUUGUAAUAAAAACUUAUUUUGGGGA